AUGUCCCAGAUGGAUUUUCAGGUCGAAAUCACGUGCCAUGCUCCGCAUCGGGAACGCGAACAAGGGAAGCUCGACUUGACCGAGAUCUCACAGGAGUUGCCAGUGCAUUGUUCGGACUCAAGUUAUAUUGCUGCAUCUAAGUGUGCCCUCGACCUCAUUAACUGCGCCUCACUUAACCCUUCGCCUGGCCUACGAUCUGCCUCAGCGCUGUGCGAUACUUGA